AUGGGAGAUCAUGAACCACUUAAUUUUCUAUGUCGUUCGUAUCAACCAGCAUUAAGGUCCAUUGCACCCAGUCCCAUGAUCACUCGUACACCUUCUCGUAAACCCGUAUCACGAUCACAUACCAAGCAAGUACCCUUAUUUCAGGGCAAUUUCGUGUUGGAUUGUCCCGUUCCACAACGUCUGAUGGAAGCCAGUGCACGUAAAGAAAGUGAGUUCACAUCCAUGCGUUAUUCAGCUGUCACUUGUGAUCCCAAUGAUUUUCAACAACAGAAUUAUACCUUAUUACCUCAGCUUAUGCAACGUGAAACGGAGCUUUUUAUCGUCAUGACCAUGUACAAUGAAGAUCAUGUCUUGUUUUGUCGAACGAUGCACGGUGUCAUGAAAAAUAUUGCACAUUUAUGCUCUAGGAGUCGAUCCAAGGUAUGGAACACGGAAGGCUGGAAAAAAGUAGUGGUAUGUAUUGUAGCGGACGGAAGAAAGAAGUGUGAUCCUCGCGUUCUGGAUGUCUUAACAGCUAUGGGCGUGUAUCAAAAGGGAGUGGCUAAAAACAUGGUGAACGAUAAACCUGUACAAGCACAUUUAUAUGAGUAUACAACACAGGUGUCAGUGGAUGCCGACAUGAAGGUGCGAGGUGCUGAAAAGGGCAUUGUGCCUGUACAAGUGCUGUUUUGUCUAAAAGAACAAAACGCAAAAAAGAUUAAUUCGCAUCGUUGGUUCUUUAAUGCGUUUGGUUCGAUCUUGAAGCCCAACAUUUGUGUCUUGCUCGAUGUAGGAACAAGGCCUGGUAAUUCAUCCAUCCAUCAUUUAUGGAAAUCGUUUGAUAUUAAUGAAAACGUGGGUGGCGCAUGUGGUGAGAUUUGUGUGAUGAAGGGUACGGCAUGGGUUGAUCUAUUAAAUCCGUUGGUGGCAGCACAAAACUUUGAAUACAAAAUGUCAAAUAUUUUGGAUAAACCAUUGGAAUCUGUGUUUGGGUACAUUUCAGUUUUACCAGGUGCUUUUUCCGCCUACAGAUAUGCGGCGUUACAAAACGAUGUGAAUGGAUUGGGACCACUUCAAAAGUAUUUUCUAGGGGAGAAACAUGAUGAUGCCGAGAACGCAGAUAUUUUCACAGCCAAUAUGUAUCUUGCCGAAGACCGUAUUCUGUGCUUUGAAUUAGUAGCUAAAAAGCAUCAAAAGUGGGUAUUGAAAUAUGUACAGACCGCCUUUGGAGAAACGGACUGUCCAGAUCAGUUACCCGAGUUUAUUUCUCAACGUCGACGUUGGUUAAAUGGUAGUUUCUUUGCUGCUGUGUAUUCACAAUGGCAUUUUUCAAGGAUUUGGUGUACAGAUCAUUCGUUGGGCAGAAAGAUGAUGUUGUCUACCGAGUUCUUUUUUAAUUUCAUUAACUUGGUCUUUAGUUGGCUGGGUCUGGGGAAUUUUUAUUUGACGUUUUAUUUCGUCACUAAAUCAUUGGCUUCACCAGAAAUGGAUCCCUUUGGUCAUGGGUGGGGCGAUCGUAUCUUUCUUACCUCGAGGUACUUGUAUGUCUUUUUGCUCAUUACUCUCUUUAUCUGCUCCAUGGGUAACCGACCGCAAGGUUCAAAAUGGAUGUUUAUUAUCUCGGUGAUUGCUUAUGGAUUCAUUAUGAUGUACACUUCAUUCGCGGGUGCAUGGCUUGCCUACAAGAGUUUUGCUAAAGGCAUGUCACAACCUGGUUGGGAUCAAUCCAACGCACUGGGUAAUCUUGGUUUAUUAUUGGGUCAAUCUGAAUUUCAAGGCGUGGUGAUUUCCUUGUUGGCGACGUAUGGUUUAUACGUGGUUGCUAGUGUAUUAUAUAUGGAUCCAUGGCAUAUGAUUACUAGUUUCUCUCAGUAUAUAUUUUUAUUACCUACCUAUGUCAACAUUUUAAAUGUGUAUGCCUUUUGUAAUAUCCAUGAUGUCAGUUGGGGUACAAAGGGAGAUAACUCCACGACGAUGGAUCUUGGUGUAGCAAGUAAAGCUACCACUGGAGAAAAAGGGAUCGAAACAGUUGAAAUUGAGCUGGAAGAUGGACUUGAUUUCAUUGAACAAAACUAUGAUGAAGCACUAGAGAGUCUUAUGAUGAAACCCGAAGCCGUGCGCGAGAGUCGAGCACCUAAGACUAAGCAAGAUGAUUAUUACCGUGGGUUUCGUACACGACUUGUGCUAAGUUGGAUUGGCUGUAACGUAUUUCUGGUAGCACUUGUUACGAGCGGUAGUUUACAGAUUUUCUUUAGUAACAAUGAACAAAAAAAGACAGCUGAAGAGUACCAAAAUGCAAUUGGAGCAGCAUAUACUGGCUUUAUAUUGUGGAUGGUUGCUGGUAUGGCUUUAUUUCGAUUUACAGGUAGUCUACUCUAUCUUCAUUUUUGGGGACCUGUCGCCAAUUGGGGUCUUCCUCUUGCAGCUAUCUCUGAUAUCAAAAAGGAUCCCAGUAUGAUUUCUGGCAACAUGACACUUGCCAUGGUGUGUUAUUCUGGUCUUUUCAUGAGAUUUGCAUUGGCUGUGAAGCCCGUCAACUACUUGUUGUUUGGUUGUCAUGCCACCAACAGUGUUGCUCAAAUGGUUCAAGGGUACCGUUACAUCCAAUACCAAUAUUUGGGUGGUAAGGAAAAGACUGAAGCAUCCAAGCCCAUCACCUCUGCUUAAACAAAUAAUAAACAUGUUUUAGAUUUCUAAUGUAGU